AGGAAAUUUGGUGAGCGACCUCCACCGAAGCGGCUCACCAGGGAAGCGAUGAGGAACUAUUUAAAGGAGCGCGGCGAUCAAACAGUCCUAAUACUUCACGCAAAAGUGGCUCAGAAAUCCUAUGGAAACGAAAAGAGAUUUUUUUGCCCUCCUCCGUGCGUCUAUCUUAUGGGUAGCGGAUGGAAGAAAAAAAAAGAACAAAUGGAACGAGACGGCUGCUCUGAGCAGGAAUCUCAGCCAUGCGCCUUUAUCGGGAUUGGGAAUAGCGACCAAGAGAUGCAGCAGUUGAACUUGGAAGGAAAGAACUAUUGCACAGCUAAAACUUUGUACAUAUCAGACUCUGACAAGCGAAAGCACUUCAUGUUAUCCGUAAAAAUGUUCUACGGCAAUAGCGACGAUAUCGGUGUGUUCCUUAGUAAACGGAUCAAAGUCAUCUCCAAGCCUUCGAAAAAGAAACAAUCGCUAAAAAAUGCAGACUUAUGCAUUGCAUCAGGGACGAAAGUAGCGCUGUUUAAUAGACUUCGGUCCCAAACAGUUAGCACCAGAUACUUGCACGUAGAAGGAGGGAACUUCCACGCCAGCUCACAACAAUGGGGAGCAUUUUACAUUCAUCUCUUGGACGAUGAUGAAUCCGAAGGAGAGGAAUUCACAGUCCGAGACGGCUAUAUCCAUUAUGGCCAGACGGUCAAACUCGUUUGUUCGGUUACCGGCAUGGCGCUCCCAAGAUUGAUAAUACGGAAAGUCGACAAACAGACCGCUUUGCUAGAUGCGGAUGAUCCAGUAUCCCAGCUCCAUAAGUGUGCGUUCUACCUUAAAGAUACCGAACGAAUGUACUUGUGCCUUUCCCAAGAGCGAAUUAUCCAAUUUCAAGCCACUCCAUGUCCCAAAGAACCAAAUAAAGAGAUGAUUAAUGAUGGAGCUUCAUGGACAAUCAUUAGCACAGAUAAAGCAGAAUAUACAUUUUAUGAGGGCAUGGGACCCGUCCACGCUCCCGUAACACCUGUGCCUGUCGUUGAAAGUCUGCAGCUCAACGGUGGUGGAGAUGUAGCGAUGCUGGAACUAACCGGGCAGAACUUCACUCCAAAUUUGCGUGUCUGGUUUGGGGAUGUGGAAGCGGAAACGAUGUACAGAUGCGCCGAGAGCAUGCUGUGCGUCGUCCCGGAUAUCUCGGCAUUCCGGGAAGGAUGGCGGUGGGUCCGCCAGCCCGUCCAGGUUCCGGUCACGUUAGUGCGCAACGAUGGCAUCAUUUACUCCACCAGCCUUACCUUCACCUACACCCCAGAGCCCGGCCCCCGGCCGCACUGCAGCGCAGCGGGGGCCAUCCUCCGAGCCAACUCAAGCCUCCUGUCCCCCAGCGAAGCGAACACAAACAACGAGGGAAGUUACACAAACGUCAGCACGAACCCCACCAGCGUCACGUCGACAGCCACCGUGGUUUCCUAACCACUGCUCUUUGUGCGGAACUUCUUAAAAAAAAACAAAACUUUUCAAGUGCUUCAAAACAAUAAAACCGAACAACUUUUUUUGUGGUUUCGCGAGGGGAAAGAAAAAAGAAGAAGAAAAAGAAUCGACCCCUCCUUGCCGCCGUAUGUACUUUUUAAAUCACCUACAAGUGCUGAUUUUAACUCGAAGCCACAAUAAAAAAAAAUGAAAUGCGUUGGGGGCCAGCACCCCUUUACGGAAAAUCUAUUU